AUGGCUGCUGUCACGCAAGGCUUCUCCGCCACGCCCUCGGCGGCCAAGUCGAGCGUGUUCCAUCCGCUGAGCCCAUUGACGGCUUCGGAGAUCACAACCACAGCUGACCUCAUCAGAUCGGUCUGGCCAUCCACUGUUGACCUGCGGUUCAAGGUCAUCACGCUGGACGAGCCGGCAAAGAAGCAGAUGGUCCUUUAUCUCGACGCGGAGCACAGCGGUCAACCUUUGCCUCAGAUUCCCCGCAAGGCCUUUGUCUCAUACUAUAUUCGCAACACAGACCGGUUCCACGAGGCUGUUGUCAACCUCUCCCGCGGCAAGGUCGAGAGCAAUGUCCGCCUGGGCCCCAACGUGCACGGCGCUGGAGACGCCGAGGAGAUUUUGCAAGUCGAGAAAAACGCCCUGGAAGAUGCGGGCGUCAAGGCCGCGCUGGCCAAGUUGAAACUACCUGAAGGCACCGUCGUCUGUGCUGACCCUUGGAUCUACGGCUCUGAUGGCGUCAACGACGACGAACGACUCUUCCAAGUGUUUUUGUACAUGCGUGACCCUGCCAAUCCCAGCGAACUGGACUCCAACCAUUAUGCCUUCCCUCUGCCCAUCUCGCCCGUGCUCGAGUGCAACAACUACUCGGUUAUCCGGAUCGACUACUUGCCCACGGGCGCGGAUAACACCAUCCACGAGCCACGGCCGUACGAGCCAGUACCGGCCAACGAAUACAUUCCGGAAGCGCAACCGUCGCUCCGCAAAGAUCUGAAGCCGCUGCGCGUGCUGCAGCCCGAAGGCGCCUCAUUCACCCUCACCCCUACCGGCGAGACCGGACAUGUGCUCGAGUGGCAGAAGUGGUCGUUCCGGGUCGGCUACAACCAGCGUGAAGGCAUGGUCUUGUACGACGUGCGCUACGACUCGCGGCCUCUGUUCUACCGGCUCUCGCUGUCAGACAUGAACAUCCCCUACGCCGACCCGCGCGCCCCGUACCAUAAGAAGGCGGCGUACGAUCUCGGUGACGUGGGCGCGGGCGCCAUGGCCAACAACCUCAAGUUGGGGUGCGACUGCCUAGGCCACAUCCAGUACUUGUCCGGCGUGCUGUCGGACGACAAGGGCCAGCCCGUUUACAUGGACAACUGCGUGUGCGUGCAUGAGCAGGACGCCGGGAUCGGCUGGAAGCACACCAACUACCGCACUGGUCGGGCGGCGAUUGUGCGCAACCGCGAACUGGUGCUGCAGAGCAUCAUCACCGUGUCCAACUACGAAUACAUCCUGGCCUUUAUGUUCAACCAGGCCGGCGAGGUGAUUUACGAGGUGCGCGCGACCGGCAUUCUGUCGACGCAACCCAUCGACCACGAGCUGGACAAGGUGGGCGUGCCGUUUGGCACGGUGGUGCACCCGGGCGUGCUCGCCGCGCACCACCAGCACAUCUUCUCGCUCCGCAUCGACCCCAUGCUGGAAGGCCACUCCAACCGACUGGUGUACGACGAGGCGCACCCGAUGCCCAUCGACAAGGACUGGAACCCGCACGGCGUCGGCUACACCGUGUCCGAGACGGUGGUGGAGCGGGCCGGCGGUCUGGACCUCGACUCGGACGUGAACCGCGUGUUCAAAAUCCAGAACCCGAACGUGCUGAACCCGGUCAACGGCAAGCCCGUCGCGUACAAGAUCCACGCGCCGCCCUUCCAGAAGAUGCUGGCCCACCCGUCCUCCUUCCACUUCAAGCGCGCCGAGUUCGCCGACCACAACAUCUACGUCACCACCCACCGCGACCGCGAACUCUUCGCCGGCGGCUGGUACACCAACCAGUCGCGCGGCGGCACCGGCGUGCGCAGCUUCGCCGCCCGCAAGGACAACGUCAAGGACACCGAUCUGGUCGUCUGGCUGCAGUUCGGCAUCAACCACGUCCCGCGCAUCGAGGACUUCCCCGUCAUGCCGUGCGAGAUCCUCAAGGUCAGCCUCAAGCCCGUCAACUUCUUCGACAAGAACCCCGCACUCGACGUCCCGCCCUCCGAGCAGGCCUUCAACCAGUCCACCCUGGUGUCUAGCCUGCAGCACCACCAGCCUGCCCUGGAGACCACUGUCGGCAAGGACGCCUGCUGCUCUCCGGCCGACCUGCCGGGGAAGAGCAAGUUGUGA